CUAGUGACCUCUGCAGUCUAAAGAGACCAGGCUGCAAUGAAGGGCUUGGUCUACACAGAAAGUACAGCUGGGCAUUAUGGAGUGUUCUUAAUGCAAGUUUGCCACGAAAAGUCCUCUGAAAUGUGAUUGCAGAAUACACCCACCAGCAGCACAAUUGUGAGUCAGAUUAAAUUUCUGCUCCUGGUACUGACUGCUGCCUCACAGCUCCUCAGUUUUCACUCGGGGCAUUUAGGUUUUGGUCAGGAAAUCCCUCUGCUGUUUGCAGUUGCUGCAGGGAGAGCAGACUUCGGUAUGCAGGGGUCAUUAAUCCUGGAGUCUCUUUGACUCUUGGUCCCGUGGGGCUUUGAGUCGGUUCGUCCAAGGCUGCUCUUGUCUGACCGACUUUAGCAGAGGGAGACAGCACCACAGGACCUCUGCAGUUCUUGCAAUUUUCUGUGUGGUUUGGCCACGGUUAACGAGGAUUGCUCUCUGUGGAAUGUACUAUAGGAGUACCAAGUUCUAAUAAUGGAGCCUAAUGCAGGUGAUGUGAGCCCUGCUGUCAUGAAUCCUUCCUCGCAGUCACGCUCCGUUCCUUUGGCAGAAGGAAUAUGUCAGACCAUAUCAGACAUGAAUGCACAUCAUGUCACGGUCACUCAGGAAACUUUAACAGAGCACUUGGUGAAAAACUAUCCAGGCAUUGCAGUGCCCUCCCACAACAUAUUAUAUAAUAUCCUUGGCACUCUAAUUAAGGAAAGAAAAAUCUAUCACACAGGAGAAGGAUAUUUCAUUGUGACUCCCAACACAUACUUUAUCACAAAUGGUGCCAUAGAAGACAGCAGAAGGCUCCUGUUGGAGGACACUUGUUGCUGUUCAUCACCUUCCAUCACUUACCUGGUAAACAUUAAACCUUGUGCAGACCUAGUGAAAGAAAACAUUCCUACAGUAUCCUGUUACAGGUCCUGCCAUUGUUUUCCUGACCGAAAUAUGUUCUGUGAACAAACACACGGGCAGGUAAUGAACCAUGAAUGUAAUGGGGAGGGAGAGAGAGGCUGCAGUGAAUUGAAGCUUUCAAUUCGAACUCAAGGCAUCUCCACAUCUGCUGAGAACUGCUCCUGGGACACCAUCAAAUCCCUGACAUCUGUGAAAGCAAAACUGAAAAGCAAAAUGCUUGGCCUUUUCUGGAGAAGCGGUUCUAAAAAAGAAAAACACAAGAAGGAGUACUGCACAUUUUCAGCCCAGUUUCCUCCCCAGGAGUGGCCAGUCAGGGAUGAAGAUAACUUAGACAAUAUUCCACGUGAUAUUGAACAUGAAAUCAUCAAGCGUAUUAACCCUGCUCUUACAGUUGAUAAUUUGAUUAAACACACAAUAUUAAUGCAGAAGUUUGAGGAGCAGAAAAAAUGUACCAGUAAAGAGAAAAAACACAUCAGUAACAGUACCUCAGCUGAAGUGCCAACAGUCAGGCAAAACCAUCUUUCAAAGGAUUGUGUUCAAAAGGCACCAAGUAAAACAGCAAAACACACCAGGAAAACCAAAUCAAAGAAAGAAAAGCAGAUUAGCAGGAGCAGCAGGAAAUCUCACAUACAGAAGCUAACAUCCCAAAACAUGAAACCACAAGAGAACUUCUCACUGCCCAUCAAAACCCAAGAGCCACCUGCUGCAGCAGUGGAAUCCCACAGGAUCUAUAAGAAGCAGAUUAAGAAUCCUUUCCAGGGUCUGCCGUGGAGACCUCGCAGCUUUCCUGCAAGAGGGCACCAAGGUGUGGUUAACAGCCACAUGAAGUGCCGGACUCCAAAGCGAGGAAGGGCUUUCCAAAGGUCCUUGGUCUCCUCAGGACCCUUUGGCUGUCAAACUGAAUGGCUGGAUGCAGAAAGUGAGGCUAGCAAAGCUAGCUGUGCUAAUAGGUCUGGCCUUCAAUUAAAGAAAGGCAGUUUGAGGGAAAAUGGUACUUAUCCACAAAGCAGUACUCUACAAAUAGAUAACAGAAGUAAAUACUACCAGGAGAGUAAUAUUUCUGAAGAAAAUGUCUAUAAAAGAACAGUUAAAAAAAAGUCUCCUUGCUCCUACAUUGAAGAUAAAGGUGUGUGCAAAGAAGAUGUGAAAUUUCCAUUCCAUCUGAAAGAUGAGCAUUGCAGAUGCAAAGGUGACACUGUAUGUGAGCUGUUAGAUCGAACAGCCAGGCAAUUUCAAAAUGUCCAUCUUUCAAAUUACAAUGUUAAUCUGGCCCAAAAGAAUGGUGUGAAAUACAGACCAAAGACUGAUAAAAAGAGUGAACUUAUAUUUAACCAUGCCCGUGCCAGCCAUCCUGGAUCAACGGAGCUGGAAAGUGAAGGGUUUACCGAUAACUUCGAUCUUCUGUACCAAAAUGAUGGUGACACCUGCAACUUGUCACACCUGGAUGAGAGUUCUGAACAGCUGUCCCCUGGCCGUGCCUUUUCAGACACACGGGACUGGAGUACAGCCGUGUCCCUAAAAGCCUGUGAGGUCAGUGCUUGUCCUGCCCGGCACGACACGACUGUAAAUAAACACGACUCUGGAGAGCACAGAUACAAGGGAAGUGCCAGCCUUGAUGGCUCAGAGGAGCAUCCAAAACCAGACUGCACAGAACAAAGUUGGCUGUGCAGCCAGGUUCUUCUGAAAGGUCACUGGAAGGAUGAACAAAGUGUCCUCAUUGAAAGUGGGAAGGGCUCAGCUGUGGCAGAUUCCUGCCGCGCUGCCGAGGCUGACUCUGAUGCCGGCGCUUUGCAGAACUCCGCCCGUGAGGUGGGCGAAGGAACAGCACGCUGUGCUGUGGGCUCAUGGAUCAAAGAAGUGAGAAACCCACCUAGAAAUAAAGAGUGGCUUUUAAAGAAUACCUGUCCUAUGAUCCCAGAACAGAAACACUCAGAAGGGACAGAAAACCGCAGCAUUACAGGAGACAGUGGAAUUGACUCCCCAAGGUGGACUGAAAAGAAGAUGAAGCUUCCUGCCAAAUUCUAAAAGUAUAAAUAACAAUGCAAAAAGGAGGAUAAGUGAAAGGACAAUUGCAACAAAAUUCCUUGCUUCAUCUAACUCUGGUCAUGAUUAUUUGAUUAAUUUUUAAUGAGAUUGGUAAACUUUCCCCUUGUACCAAGGUAACCAUACUGUAAAUGCAGCUGGUCAAAUCAGUGAGGCAGUCUCUAAAUCAAAGCUGUUAGUUAAAACAUUUGACACAGUAGUGUUUGGAGAGAUCAUGUGUAUUUUGAUUGCCACCAUCUUUAAUUAAUUUUUUGUGUGUUGCUGUGAUAAUAAAAGUGAGAACUGGAAUUCUUUAUUCAGACCACACCACUGACCUGGAAAAGGUUUGUGUUGCUCUAACAGGAACUGUAGUUGGACAAGGCUGUUGUACACUGUAACUCUGGAAAGUGUUUCCUACUUGUGCCACAGAAAUUGGUGCAUGCUUCACCUUCCCUGCUAGAAAUCAAAGCAAAUGAACUAGACACCCACCUGGAUGCUACAAAAGUUCCUUCAAUCCCAAGUUCUCUGACUGUGUCCUGCAG